UCUAAAGUGACAUAAUGGAAUUUUUAGGGAUAGAAAACUUGCAAAUGCGUACUGACGCCCAUAGAUAACACCUCUCGCGCGGGGAGAAGCGAGGAUAUCGCAAAACAACGUCGAAAAAAUCGACUGAAAACAAACGAGUCGAGAACAUUGGCCACCGACUAAAUGACUCGUUUGGACAGCGCGCCCAGAUCGCCCCUCUGUAGGGUGUAGGAUGGGAACGAGCCUUUCCCCAGACGAGGACUAUCGCGCGUUAUGAUGAAGAAAGACAUGAGUUUGAACCUAGACGACCAGAACAGCUCCAGCCUCAAGCCAGACCUGAGGGAUGCCGAAGGGAUCCUCAAUUCGCCCGAUCUGGGGCUCCUCAAGCUGGCUUCUCCGGAGCUGGAGAGGCUGAUCAUCCAGUCCAACGGGAUGGUGACCACCACGCCGACCUCGCAGUUCGUCUACCCGAAGUCGGUGAGCGACGAGCAGGAGUUCGCGGAGGGCUUCGUCAAAGCCCUGGAGGACCUUCACAAGCAGAACCAGCUGAACGGCGGCGCGUGCGUGCCCCCGACGCUCGGCAGACUCGCCGGCAGCGCCGCGCUCGCCCUGCCCACGGACCUGCCCGUGUACACGAACCUGAGCACGUACGGGAGCACCACGGUGAACUAUUCCACGGAGACCAUUCCGUUCCCGCCCCCGCCGCCGCCGCCGCCGCAACCGAUGAGCGCGCAGACGCAGCCGUCGCUGAAAGACGAGCCGCAGACCGUCCCGGACAUGCAGAGCUUCGGCGACAGCCCGCCGCUCUCCCCCAUCGACAUGGACACGCAGGAGCGCAUCAAAGCCGAGAGGAAGAAGCUGCGCAACCGCAUCGCCGCCUCCAAAUGCCGCAAGCGGAAACUGGAGCGGAUAUCCCGGCUCGAAGACAAAGUGAAGUCCCUGAAGAGCCAGAACACGGAGCUCGCGUCCACGGCGAGCGUGCUGAGAGAGCAAGUGGCGCAGCUGAAACAGAGAGUGAUGAACCACGUCAACAACGGCUGCCAGCUGCUGCCUAACCAGGUGCAGGCUUACUAGCGGGCGGCCUUUAUCUGUCAGUGUUUGGGUGGUUGACGAACAGCGCGCUCUGGUUCGAGGGGAACGUCGCGUCUCCGACGGAGAACAUAUUAAGGAAACGCGGUGUUUCGUUAAGCUAAUCUACUUCCGCGAGACAACAUAGUUCCUGACUUGACGGAUCACUACUCGCGCGGUUUCGGGAUCAACCUUCCUAACUAUAUAUCGGUUGCUUGCGGUUUAAUAGCGUUUGAUUGGACAAGCAGCGUUCCUAACAUUUCCUUUAAACGUCCAAGUAUUAAUCCGCCUGUGCGCGUGACAGCUGUCAGUUCGAGCGUCGGACUCUGUUUUGGUUUCGUUUGGAACUAUUUUUAUUUUUUUUUUACGUAAACAAACAUUUAGCGCCGUUGCAAUGCGGCGAGACCUGCGAUUUCACGUCGUCGCUACACUUUCGACAAGCGUUGCUAAGGUUUUGAUAAAACGUCACGGGGAAGUUCGCUGUUUGUAUCGCUCCGCUGCGCGUUGCCUAGCAACACAAUCGCGUUUCGGUUUCUUUUGGAACUAUUUUCGUUGGCUGUGUUUUUAUUUGGAUCUUUUCAUUAGUCGCAAUCAUUCCGAUAGUAAACGCAGCCCUUGACGUCACUAAUUGUUGCUAUGCAACAAAAACUAAAGUUUUUGAUGUGCAGAGUGUUUUUGCUCCUGUUUUUAAGCACUACUGGAACGCUGCGUUGAUCAAUCGGCGCUCUUUUUUUGGCCUGUACUACAGUUAGCUCUACACUAGAUUAAUUGCGCAAGCAGUAUUCCUAAACACUGUAUCACUGACUUGUUGACAGCUUCUUCUGGAACUAUUUUCUUUGGCAGAGCAACAGCAGAAUGACUGGCUAUAUAAGAUAUGAAUGGCUGUAUAAAAGCAAUAUCGUAUUGCUUAAGUACACACACACGAGUGCAUCGAAAGCUGCAGUGUUGGUGAUGAAGUGAAUUCAUAUCAGCUGAAAUGUUAUUCUGAGCUCCAUAUGUCCAGUCAACGACCCACUCACUGAUGCAUAAAGGUCACAGGCCGAACCUCCCUUCCAGUGGCCGAUCGUUCGGGUUGGACUGUUGAAAUGGACACUACAGGUGCUGAUGUAUUAUAUGUUUACAAUAUUUUGUAGCGAACGGACUGUGUGCUACGCGGUUUGAUCUCACGAGAGAAGCAGCUGUAUUUUUUUGCAUGCUCCGGACAAGCUCCAAAUGAGUGCAACCAAACACAACAAAGAUGUCAUGCAUGUAUGCUUCAUGUCCAAGGCCUUAUUAAUCAACGACUGUAUCGAUUUUAUAUACAACUACUCACACAAUGUCUUAUUUUAUGCUCUUUUGGAUUUACGUGUGUCGUGUUGUAAAUGUAAGCGUUUCACCCGUCACACGUCCUUGUACUGCCUUGUGUGUACAUUAAUGUCAUUAAACCUGUUCGAUUCACUUGUUAAA